AUGGCGACCACAUACUUUGAGCAGUGCAAGCGUUCGUUCGCAGAUGUGCCUACCGAGGGCGGCGUCGACACGGCCGCAUUCUUGGAAGCCUGUGAGGGUCUCGUCAAGCUGUUUGACUUGCUCGGCAAUGCGGCAUUCAAAGUAGUUCAGAACGACAUGAACGGAAACAUCGCAAAAGUCAACACUCGCUUGAAUGCAACGGGCGCCGGAAUGUCGGGCACGCUUGAAAAGCUGGUCCAGAACGAAGGCCCUGGCGGCACAUCCAAGCGACCGGCCACCGAAGGCCUUAUGUGGCUCCUUCGGGGUCUCGACUUCACUGCACAGGCGAUGCGCAACUCGGUCAACAACAAGAACGAAGAGCUCGCCACCAGCUUCACCAACGCCUACGGCACUUCGCUCCGCCCACAUCACGGCAUGCUCGUUCGACCCGUAUUUGCGCUCGCCAUGAAGGCUUGUCCUUACCGCAAGGACUUCUACGCAAAGCUCGGCGAACCCCAGUCCAAGGUCGAUGAAGAGUUGGAAAAGUGGCUUGCUGCGUUGGAGAAGAUUGUCGCUCACAUGAAGAGCUUUUACGCUUCUGGCAAGUAUGACAAGGGCUUCUAA